CGGCGCUGAGCCUACGGCGCUGAGCCUAUUCACGAGCGACGCGCGGGCAGAUUCAGGACGCCCGACGCCCGUCCUGACGCCCGUCGACGCGUGCAACAAUUUAAAGCGAGCGCUCGGGGGCUGCCCCUCACAAACCCAUCGGUAGCUGCCCCAGUUGCUGCCCCUCACACACGGCAACAACCCGAUGGAGUGGCUCCUCUGCAACUGCGGGCUCCCCGCGGGCCUGGAGCCCGGCGCCACGGAUUCGGCGCCGGAGGAGUUCGACGAGGGCCUUGAAGAGGAACGGCAAGACCGGCGCGAUCGGCGCAGUAGGCGCGGCGACGGCACUGACCGCGCCGAGCGCCGCGAGCGGCGCAGGCGGCGCGAGGGCGACCGGCGCGACGGCGUGAAGCGCGACGGGAGCAGGCGCGGCGGCGACCUGCGCGACGGCGACAAGCGCGACAAGCCGCGCCGGCGCCCCUCGAAGGAGCUCGAGAAGAGCGUGUCCUUCGAGGACGAGUCGCCCGUCGGCGUCGAGGCGCUGAACCUGCAGGACCGACACGCCGCAAAAAUGACGGCCUCGAGUCCUCGCGCGAGGGAACGAUGGAUCACCGGGAGCUGGACGGCCACAGAAACAAUCAAGGGGCCCUCUCCUUUAUUGGUGGAGACGCCGCAGGCGCAACCUUCGAUGAAGCCGUCCGUGAGCGACGCGAUGCGCAAAAAGAAGUCGGCCCUGAUGCGAGGCAAUCAAAACUUCGGGCCCAUAGCGCCGCCGCCGCGCUACGGCGAGCCGCCGAUGUGGCAGGCGACGGCCGUCGCGGCGCCGCUGACGAUCGACGGCGCGCGCAACUUCCGGGAACUUUUGCGUACGAUGCGCGUCGACGAUUUGCUGCGCAUGGACUCGUACCGGAACUCGGCGCUGGCUUAUUUCGCCUCGCGGGACUGCGUGAAAGGAUGCAAUCUGGUUUUGAGGUUCGCGGACGAAAAAACUCGCGUGCUGCUCGCGGCGCGGCCGAAUCUAUACGGGCUCACGGCGCUCGACUACGCGCGGCACCAUCACCGUCGAGGUUCGUCGAUCAUGGCCGUCUUCCGCCACUACGGCGUCGAGCGCUGCGUCUACAAGCGCGAGGAGAACUAACUUUGACUGUUAUCAUAAAAGUCGUCGGGCACGCCGCCCGUCACGCGGCUCACGAGCGCCGCCCAGCCCCCCAGCAGGCACAGCGCCGACACGGCCAGGCCCGGCGCCUGGGUGGCGAGGAACUCCUGGACCCAGGCCACGGUCCCGAAGCCGAGCAAACCGACGGCCACGGCGCCGCGCAGCAAAUCCUGCGUGUUGUCCCGGGGCGCGACGCUCUCCUCCGCGGCUUGGUUCACGUCGACCAUCUUGCGCUGCGUUUUCCUCCGUCGUGCGACCGGUCGCGGCGCCGGCCGCGGCGCCGGCGUCGGGCCGCCGUAGGGGUUCGGGUCGGGCCGCAUGACGCUGCUGGUGCCGACGACGUCGGGCGGGUGGAAGGCCGAUGCGGUGGUGGCGCAGAGCGCGGCCGCGGCCGCGGCUUUCGUUGGGGAUCUCACCAUCUUUGAGGGUAGCCGAGUUUUUUGCGAGUUUUGUAGCUUGCGUGUCCUGUACUGCGGCGAGAUUGCUCGCGCAGUUGGUAUUUUGCGCUGUCUUGCCUUGUCUAGGCCGCGUGGCACUUUGUGUGUCGCUCAGGCCAAGAUAUUGCCACUACACGCUGUUUCAACGAGCGCGCGUCAAUUCAGACUAUGGCACCGGUCGCUGUGAGGCUGUGGACGCUGUGCCUAAGGUCAGCGGGCCCUGGAAGCUGAGUACGGAGCGAGAUAAGCCCGAGCAACGUGAAAGCUCAAGUUUGCGGAUUUCUAG